AUGAAACUCAUCCUUAUUCUCGCCUUGAGCAUGACCGCAUUGGCAGCUGAGUGGUACUGCGAUAAUGGGAUCACCGGAGAUGGAGGGUGCGAAGCUGAUGGUCUAAAGACCUACUGCGUGAGUACUACAUUAGCAUAGAGAAGGGUUGAUAACGCAUCGUAUACGUACUGAUUUUCCUCCAUAGUGCUAUUUUGGCGACAAGCCUAAGGAUCCCUUCAAUACUGACCGGCCUGUCACCACUACUUCUAAAGACCCAUUCGGCAACGUCAAUUGUGGGCCACCCGGGGGAGUAGUUAAAUGCGCCCCUAAAGAUACCCAAGGUUAA